AUGCAUAAAAGCAGCUGGAAAAGUAGAAGAGUUGGAAGAAGGAGCCAGCGGCAGAACCCUAGACUCAGACAACACAGCCCUAACGAGAGGUGUAACUCAGGGGCAGAGCAGAGCCCACAGGAUUCCGACCAUGACGAUGAGGAGGUCCCGUCGACCUCGUCCAGCACAGCUGGGAGUUCUGCGCCAGAUCUACCAGGGUAUUACUUUGACCCCGAAAAGAAUCGGUACUUCCGCUUGCUCCCUGGACACAACAACUGCAACCCCCUCACGAGGGAGGGCAUCGAGCAGAAGGCAAUGGAGCUCAAAAGGCUGCAGCUGCUGGAGGAAGAGGACAGGCCGACCAAGAAAAUAACCAGGAUGGGAUUUAAUGCCACUUCCUUGUUACAAAAAAGCAAGCUGGGUUUUCUCAAUGCCACCAGUUAUUGCCGGUUAGCCCAUGAGCUGCGAGUGAGCUGCAUGCAGAGGAAGAAGGUUCAGAUUCACAGCUCCGAUCCCUCCGCUCUGGCCAGCGACCGAUUUAACCUCAUAAUGGCGGACACCAACAGUGACCGGCUCUUCACAGUGAAUGAUGUCAAGGUUGGAGGCUCCAAGUACGGCAUCAUCAGCCUGCGUGGUCUGAAGCCCCCCACACUCAGGGUGCAUAUGCACGAAAACCUCUACUUCACCAACCGGAAGGUGAACUCUGUGUGCUGGGCCUCGCUGAACCACCAGGAUUCUCACAUUCUGCUGUGCCUCAUGGGAAUCGCAGAGACUCCGGGCUGUGCCACCCUGCUCCCAGCGUCGCUGUUCGUCAAUAGUCACCCAGCAGGAGACCGGCCUGGCAUGCUGUGCAGUUUCCGGAUCCCUGGGGCCUGGUCCUGUGCCUGGUCCUCAAACAUCCAGGCAAAUAACUGCUUCAGCACAGGUUUGUCUCGGUGGGUCCUGGUGACCAACGUGGUGACGGGACACCGGCUGUCAUUUGGGACGAGCAGUGAUGUCUUGGCCCAGCAGUUUGCUGUUAUGACUCCUUUGCUGUUCAACGGCUGUCGCUCUGGGGAGAUCUUUGCCAUUGAUAUUCGAUGUCGAAAUCAAAGCAAUAACUCGAAGGCCAUUAGCCUGUUCCACGACAAAUCGGUGACCUCUAUGAAAAUUCUACAAGAAGAGCAGUGCCUGGUGGCAUCCGACAUGGCUGGAAAGAUCAAGCUGUGGGACCUGAGGACCACGAAGUGUGUAACGCAGUACGAAGGUCACGUGAACGAGUACGCCCGCCUGCCCCUGCACGUGCAUGAAGAGGAAGGAAUCCUGGUGGCCGUGGGCCAGGACUGCUACACGAGGAUCUGGAGCCUCCGCGAUGCCCACCUGCUCAGAACCAUACCCUCCCCACAUCCCACCUCCAGGACCAACAUUCCCAGCGUGGCCUUCUCCUCUCGGUUCGGGGGCGUGCGGGGCGCCCCGGGGCUGCUCCUGGCCGUCCAGCAGGACCUCUACUACUUCCCCUACAGCUAG